GAUAUUUCUGAUAGCGUCAUCUCAUAGCGACUGUUUGCGACCAAAACGAGGAAUUGAAGUUCGAUCAGAAUACGGGGGGGUUCGAUAUUUAUCUAUUUGUCAACAUUUGAUUAUAUCGGAUAUAUCGCGGUAAAUUUGGAGUGGUGAAGAAAUUAUAAACACCUGAAUGGAAUAGACAGAUAAAAUGCUUUUAUUGAAUGUGAAAAGUUGAUGUUUUCAUGGAUUUUGCAACGCAUGGCAUCCAUUUUGUAGCAGGUAAAGAAGCAGCAGAAUGCAACAUGGACCAACAAAAGAUGCAGAUGAUGUUGGCCAGAAUGAUGGAAGAAAAACACACCUUUACAUAUAAAAAACUUGUUGUUCCGAUGUCAAUGCGUAGUAUAUACUGGAAGUAUUUUGGUUUCCCAGCCACAGAUGAUGGAGAUAUUCUCACAAAAGUAAAAAUUGUGUGCAUCUUAUGCAAAACGCAAAUAGCGUAUAAUCGUAAUACUAGCAAUUUACGAAUGCAUUUGCAGAAUAAACAUGCACAUGAACUUUUGGAAUUGGAGGCCAAUACACCACCACGUCGUCCGAGUAUGGAUGCAAAAGAAAAAAGGUUACACAAGAAGGCUCUUAAGUCUCCAGGUGGAAUUGGGCCACCACACAUCUACACAACAGCAGCAGAUGGUACAGUGCAGAUAGAAGGUGAUAUCCAGUUCAUUACAGACCCAAACAUUAGUCUUCAGAACUUUGAAGAUGAGGAAAGCAGCAGUAAUCAAAACAAUGUGCGGGUAGUGUUGAAGGGUAGUAGUCCUGGUCUGUCCAAUCAGAAUGUGGCAAUCAUUCUCCCAGAAGACAAUAUUAACAAUCAUCUUCAUGGCAUGAUGGAUGGUAAAACAAUAUCAGAUGCAAUAGCAGAAUUUGUGAUUCUUGACUUGCAGCUGCCGGAUGUUGUGGAGGGCCGUGGUUUCCAGAGGCUUAUUGCAACUCUGAGAUCUCCAUGUGAAAUCCCAAGCAAGACAAAACUUGAAGAAGAACUCAUACCAAAAAUUUAUGAUUCAUUUAAAGAGGCUGUCCAGUCUAAUGUGGCUUGUAUCCCUGGAGAGGUUGGCUUGUCUGUGGAAGAAUGGUACUCGGGGAAUGGGGAAGUGUUCAUCACAUUAGCAGUGCACUACCAACACCAGUCAACAGAAACCCUCAUGGAGACGAAAGUCCUGAGUACGAUACACUGCUCCUGUGAUAUGGACACAGCACAGUGGUCUUUAACAUUUGAUAACCUGUUUAUGGAGUGGGACAUCAAGUUGGAGCAUGUCACGGCUGUUGUGGUAGCAACAACACGACCUGAAGUGAUCAGAGCUCUGUCUGACAAGGACCUGACUCUUGUUCCAUGUCUUGUUCAUAGUCUUCAGCUUUGUACUGGUGCAUGUUUUGAGCAACCAGAUGUGGCAACCAUACUGAACAAAUGCAGGACUAGUAUUGGACUCAUUGCCAGGAACAAUGCUGCCGCCACAGCUCUCAGAAUCCAAGAACAAAUGAUGCAGCUUGAAGAAAAUGGAUUGAAGAUGGACUAUCCUCGAGUCUGGACUUCAACAUACACAAUGCUGGAACAGUUUCUGGUACGGAAGAAUGUCAUGGCGUCAGUAUUAGAUAACGUUGAAACUUUGGACAGAGAUACCAGUACACUGACUGAUGAUGAAUGGAAGGUAGUUGAAGAUCUAGUCAUGGUGCUGGAGCCAUUUAAGGUAACCAUAAUGACACUCAGUGAAGAGAAAACUCCACUAAUAUCUCUGCUGAAGCCUCUUCUUUGGCAGCUUAACAGCUCGCACCUUAAAGUAAAGGAAGCCGAUUCAGAAACAGCCCGAGCUUUCAAGGAGGCACUUUCAGAAAGCCUGUCUGAUAGGUACAGUGAUACAGCUGUGAAUCUGCUGCUACAGACAGCCACUACACUGGACCCUCGCUUCAAAUUGCUGCCCUAUGCUUCAGAAGAAGACAAAAACAUUAUUUCCACUUCCAUGAAGCAGAUGCUUAUCAAAUUCAUUGAGGAGGAAAGAGGGAAGAAUUCAGGACCAGUUGAGGAGUCUCCAAACAAAAAAAGUCGCCUCUCUGGUAAGAAAUGCAGAGAUGAAGUUUAACUCACCUGU